UACAAACUCCCCCUUAUCCCCUCAAAAAUAGCAAUUUAUCACUUCAGCAGAUUUUGGUAUCUGGGGUGAGUCAAGAACCAAAAAUGGCUCUUGUGACACAUCAGGCUCUUGAGUUUUGAUUUUUAAACACUGGUCACUUCCUAGCUUGGUGACGUCUUCAUCUCGUGAAGCCCGGGGUUUCUUAUUUGCAAAGUCUUCUUAUUUAGAACCUAACUCCUAAGGUUGUGCGAUCAUACAAGUUAGUUCUGGUGCAGUGCUUGGCAUGCAACGGUCCCAACUCCACUAGCGAUAAUUCCAUCUCGUCCCCCAAAUCCAUAGAGACUGUAAAAGUGUGGCCCGAGAGCAUGCUCACGUCCGCGUUUUCCGACGUGAGCACCCUCUGCCCCAGGGCCAGGCUCUCGGGACCAACUCGUCCUUAAACUCAGCGUUCAUCAAAUGCCACAGGUCAGGCUCUGUGACGAGACACUUGGCGUAAAAUUGCACAUUAAACUUCCUAACGCCUCCACCGCUGCUGACUUAGCGUGCGAGGAAACAGGCCCGGAGCGUUUCAGCAACUUCCCGGGGGCUCCGAGCCCGGGUUCCAGGCCCCCACAUAGGAGUCCACCAGCGUCCGAGCAGCACCGCGUCCGUUCAAACGCCGCCCGGUCCCGCGAUUCCGCCCGUCCAACAUCCUCCGCACCUCAGGGUCGGCCUCAGGGCAGCUUUUCUCUUUUCUCCUGCAGAGCCUGAGGGGUGAGGCCCGCGAUGGCGUCCCGGGCACGCGCGAAAUGCAGCAACCCUUCCGACCUCUAAAAGAGCGCUCAGAUACUAGAUUUGCACUGCAUUUUGGGAUUCAUCUUCACUUAAAAUGCCACCUGCAAUUGGAGGACCAGUUGGAUAUACCCCCCCAGAUGGAGGCUGGGGGUGGGCAGUGGUAGUUGGAGCUUUCAUCUCUAUAGGCUUCUCUUAUGCGUUUCCCAAAUCCAUCACUGUCUUCUUUAAAGAAAUUGAAGGUAUAUUCAACGCUACUACCAGUGAAGUGUCAUGGAUAUCAUCCAUCAUGCUGGCUGUCAUGUAUGCUGGAGGUCCUAUCAGCAGUAUCCUGGUGAAUAAAUAUGGCAGCCGUCCAGUAAUGAUCGCUGGUGGCUGCUUGUCUGGUUGUGGCUUGAUUGCAGCUUCUUUCUGUAACACAGUGCAGGAACUUUACCUGUGUAUUGGUGUCAUUGGAGGUCUUGGGCUUGCUUUCAACUUGAACCCAGCUCUGACCAUGAUUGGCAAGUAUUUCUACAAGAAGCGACCACUGGCCAAUGGGCUGGCCAUGGCAGGCAGUCCUGUGUUCCUCUCUACCCUGGCUCCACUUAAUCAGGCUUUCUUUGGUAUUUUUGGCUGGAGAGGAAGCUUCCUAAUCCUUGGGGGCCUCCUGCUAAACUGUUGUGUAGCUGGUUCCCUGAUGAGACCAAUAGGGCCUAAGCCAGGCAAGGUAGAAAAACUAAAGUCCAAAGAAUCUCUUCAGGAAGCUGGAAAAUCCGAUGCAAAUACAGAUCUCAUUGGAGGAAGCCCCAAAGGGGAAAAGCCAUCAUUCUUGCAAACAGUUAAUAAGUUCCUGGAUCUCUCCCUGUUUGCCCACAGAGGCUUUUUGCUGUACCUGUCUGGAAAUGUGGUCAUGUUUUUUGGACUCUUUACUCCGUUGGUCUUUCUUAGUAAUUACGGUAAGAGUAAGCAUUUCUCCAGUGAGAAGUCAGCCUUCCUCCUUUCCAUUCUGGCUUUUGUUGAUAUGGUAGCCAGACCUUCCAUGGGACUUGCCGCCAACACCAAGUGGAUCAGACCUCGGAUCCAGUACUUCUUUGCUGCUUCUGUUGUUGCAAAUGGAAUCUGCCAUUUGCUAGCCCCCUUGUCUACAAGCUACGUCGGCUUCUGUAUCUACGCGGGAGUCUUUGGAUUUGCCUUUGGUUGGCUCAGCUCUGUAUUAUUUGAAACAUUGAUGGACCUCGUUGGACCCCAGAGGUUCUCCAGUGCUGUGGGCUUGGUGACCAUUGUGGAGUGCUGUCCUGUCCUCCUAGGGCCACCACUUUUAGGCCGCCUCAAUGACAUGUAUGGAGACUACAAAUACACGUACUGGGCUUGUGGUGUGAUCCUCAUCAUCGCAGGUAUCUAUCUCUUCAUUGGCAUGGGCAUCAAUUAUCGACUUGUGGCCAAAGAACAGAAAGCAGAGGAGAAGCAGAAAAAGGAAGGUAAAGAGGAUGAGACCAGCACAGAUGUUGAUGAGAAGCCAAAGGAAGUAACAAAAGAAGCACCGUCCCCACAGCAGAACAGCUCCGGCGACCCCGCAGAGGAAGAGAGUCCUGUCUGAACUGAAGCAUGAAUUGAGCAGUGUGCGACAUCUGAAACCGUUCUGCUGGCCUCUAGUCUACCAGUGGUGCUCAAUGCAGACAGUGGACAUGUGUGCGGAAAACCUACCAGGUGUUCAUUGGUGGAAAUUGUUUUGUUUUGUUUUGUUUUGUUUUUGUUCACUCCUUACCAAUGCCGGAAUUUAAAAUUUACUAUGCUUCAGGCAGGGAGUGGUUGGCAAAGGGUAUGGGAAAGAAGUAGGGAUUUUUCUUGUUUUGUUUUAAUCUUAGCUUUUAACAGUGUCAUGGAGAUUAUAAUGUGCCUUAAGUUUUAGUUUUAGAACUCUUUAGAGAGCCUUAACUUUUAAAACCAUUCUGCUGAAUUCAUCUAUUUUAAAAGUCGUUUUAAAAGGAAAAAUAACAACUAACUUGCUUGAGGUAACUUUAACCUUAAUCUUGUUUUGUUGUUGUUUGUAAUGCUUUGUCAGAAUUGUUACUGGAACAUUUAUGGACAGAAAUAAUAGUUAAAAUUGGAGGUUUAUUAAAAAAAAUUGACUAAAGUAUUUUUCUAGCAUCAUAGCUGCCUGGCGUAGGUACCUGCUAGGUAUAUAUUUAAGAAAUUUAAAGCAUGACAUUCUGGAAACAUCUUGGCUGUCGUAGCCACAGUCUGUCUGUCACCUGCUGGGUGAUUCCUCUCAGAUGCUUGCUACAGCCUAGCACUAGAACGUUGUCACUAAAUUGCUACCUUUGCUCCUGUUCAGAGACAUUGAGUGGUUAGAAGUCAUUGCCAUUUUUGAAUUCUACUGCAAAAAGGUUAGUAUUAAAAUCUACAAAACAUUAUUCAACACAGUCUGAUUAUUAAUAUAGACAGGCCUCAGCUGACUACAACUUGGGUUUUCAAAGACCCUAGUUAUAGUAUGGAACUUUUGUUAUCUUCAAGUAUGUCUGGGUUUGGGGCGGGGCUUGGUGGUUCUGAGGAUUGAACCCAGGGACACAGGCAUGCUAAGAACAUGCUGUACCACUGAGCCACAUCCCACCAGCACCCUGGAAUCCUCCUUAGACCUUUUUUCUUUGAUUUUUGAUAGUUCCAUUUAUAUUCUAGCUUAGAACUGUGUGUGAGAUAUUCAGUAUGAACUGAAUGUGUGUGCUAUUUGUUUUUUUACAUUGUUUUUCAGUAUUUGCAAAACCAAGAGGGCCAGAGUUUGGCUCCAGGGAAGCCUAUAAAGAUAAAAUAGGGAGAGAGGGAGUUUGCUGAAUUCACUUGGUUCAGUAAGUACCCACCUCCCUGCCACACACACCAAGGCUUAAGGAGAAACUUCUAUCAUGCUUAGAAUGAUUGGACAUAGUCUUACCUCCACAAACCUUAGCUUUCGUGACUGUUUUCAGUUUCCAGAAAUGGAGGAAAUGGGUUCGGUGUAAGGAUGGGAGGAAGAACGGACCUGAUUGGAAUUGUAUUUUUUUUUAACCUGAUAUCUUCUAAAUAGAGGCAGAGAAGAUAAGACACUGAAUUGUUCUCAAUGCAUUUAAAAUACCAUUGUAAUUGACAGGGUGAAAAUAGAGAUUUAAAACCUGUGUAAGAAGCCAACUUUUUCCAAAUAAAACAUUUAUUUUAUUUUUAGAAAACA